CCCGUGGACGAGGGGGGACGCACCGGCAGAGGGCGUGGACUGCUCCUGGGGGUGUGUCUUUGCCCACUCGGCCUUGGCCUGGCGGAUCAGCGACUCCCUGGUCGGGCGAGUCCAAUGGCUGAGAUUCCGGGUCAGGCGACGGCUGAUGCACCGGUGUUUGGGGUCCGGGAGGGGCGAGGCGACGGCGACGAGGGCGGGUUGAUGGGGUUGGGCGGAGGAGACACGGCGGUCGCGCAGCAGCAGCUUCACGAGAUUCCUGCAGUUCCACGGCCGGACGUGCGCACGGACCGGGCUCUUAGUCAGGCACGACGACGACAGCACCGCGUGCUUUGUGCUUUGUUACUUUUUUCCCUCUUUCUUUUCCCUCUUUCUUUUCCCUCUUUCUUUUCCUUCCCAAGAGGAGCCAUGUCUGGGAGCGGUGCAGGGCCUGACUCCACGUGCCGUUUAUAGCCUUCGCCUCCACCGCAGCAGCAGCAGCAGCAGUCGCGUCAGCACCCGCCAGUAGUCGCCAGUAGUCGCCAGCACCCGCCAGCAGUCGCCAGCAGUCGCCAACAGUCGCCAACA